AUGGCGAAAUCCGCUCACGGGACUAUGCCCGCUCAGUCCUCCUGUUACAAAAUGCCCGAUCUGGCUCCCUCAACUCCCUUGGACAUUGUAAUCAAAGACGAAAAGCAAGAAAAUGGGUAUCUCACUAGUGGUUUUGAAAGCGGACCAAGCCGUCCACCAACGCCGCACGGAGCCGGCCUACCCGACAACUUCGCGGAAAUAGUUAAAGGUGUAUACAGAAGCAGCUUCCCUUUGCCAGUUCACCUUGAUUCUAUUGCGAAACUUCAUCUGAAGACUAUCAUUAUCCUGGUGGACGAAGAAUGGUCCCCCGAUUAUGGUGAAUUCAUCCGCAAGAAUGGAAUUACAUCUUAUAUUAUCCCUAUAUUGGCAAACAAAGUCCCGCAGGUCUCCACGCCCUAUGAGACAGUUGUAGAAGUACUCAAGAUCAUUUUGAACCCAAAAAAUCAUCCCCUUUUGAUUCACUGCAAUAAGGGAAAGCACCGAACUGGGUGUAUUGUCGCCUGCUUUCGCAGAGUUCAAGGCUGGUCAGUCAUUGCCGCGCUUCAGGAAUAUCAGAAAUACUCGAUACCGAAGUCGCGUGCACUGGACCGGAACUAUAUCGAAGAAUUCAGUGCAGAUGUCCUCUCAGAGCUUGCCAAUAAAGUGGGAGCUCGCAAAUGGCUUCCGACCAUUGUCCCAGUCAACAACAUCGAUAUAAAUAGAGUCGACAAAUCGCGUGUCGGGGCAACCGACAAACAAUUUCCAAAUGCUGAAAGUGCACCUCCUAGCCACUUCAGCGCAAGUUUAGAGGAACUCCACCGGGUCAACACCAUCUAG